AUGAAAAGAAGAGAGAUUGAGGUGCGUCUGAAGCGACGUGAAGCAGAGUUGCGGGAAUUACGUGACGAGUUGACGUGUGAGAUUGAAAUGCGUUCACGUCAUGAAAAGCGGUCGAAUCUUGUUGAUGAUUUACAGGAAAGUCUGAAGGAUGCUAGGGAGAAAUUGAAAUCUAUGGAUCACGUGAGUAAAGAAAAUGAGAAACUGUUAGAGGAAAACAGUCGUCUGAAAGCCAAGCAAAGAGAAUUUGAAAGUUAUCGUCAACAAGCAUCUUAUCAACAGGAACUUGAACGUCAACUUUCGCAAAUGAGGGUCGCUGCCCAACUUGCUGAUAAUGAGUUACACGAAUUGUUGUGUCAGCGUGAAGAACUUCUGGCGAGAUGUGAAGCGGAGAAGUUAGCGAAGGAGAAUUCUUUGAUUCGCAACCGAGGGUGUGUUUCUGGAGCGCCUUCUGGUGAAUCUUGUAGAGUGGAAUUGAGCUGUUUUGGGAUGAGUCCACCUUCUUCUCCAGACUCAUCUCAGCCAGGAGUGGAUACGCGAACUGAGGUUCCUGUGUCAAGUGAUUUGGGUUUUGGAGAGUGUUUAGCAUCCGUUGUGAUGGUAGAUAAUCAACUGAAAGGAUUGGAGUCAGAUGUCUUGAAAGCUGAAAGCGAAUAUCAAAGUAUGAAGAAGAAGUUUAUCCUGCAAAGAUUCAUCUCGUUAGUUCUUCUGGCUGUUGUAAGACAUCGAGGCAGUGUUAUCGACAAUUCAAAGCAGUUAACUGAGCUUUUGAGCAAUGAAAUGAGUCGGCGAAAUUCACAGAUAAAUGGAAGACUUGAAAAAUUAAGUGAACAGGUUUCAAAUGCAGAAGUGAGAUUGAAUGAUACGAAGGAGGUGGUCUCAAAGAUGCAGAAGAGACAAAGUGAAUUAUGUGGUGAGAACAGACGGUUAACCGGUGAAUUGGGUAGAAUCAAAGAGGCUAAUGAGAUGGCCCUACACAAAUGGGAGAAUGAAGUGGAUUGUCUUAUGGCGGAAAAUCAGAAACUUAGUGCAGAGGUGACGUCUCUGCGUUGUCAUCUUGGCGAUAAUAAAGUGAAGAUGGAUGAAGAUUUGAAGAGAAUCGAUGAGGCUGCCAGUGAAGUAGAGCGGUUGAAUUUAAAACUUAGUGAUCUCGAAAGGGUGUAUAGUGAGUCGAAAGCUGUGAAUCAUAAUCUACGCGUGCAACUGAGUGAACAAGUUAAUGCGAAUAAAGCAUUUAGAUCAGCUGCUGAAGAAGAGAUAGAACGAUUGAAAAACACUCUGGCUACUUCUGCUUCAGAAUAUGAAUCUGUUGUCAGUAUUAUGACGGAUGAACAUCGUCGAGAGAAAGAUAAACUGUUAUCAGACAUUAAAGUUGCGGAAGAUUCGAAGGAGAUGGGUCUGCGAGAGGCAGGUCGACUAAAAGUUCUUUUGGAAGAUACGGAGAAUGAGCUGAGGGAUGAAAAGGAGAAGAGAUUUCAAGCGUCAACUUUAUCACGUGUUUUUAAAAAUGAGGUGGCCGAGUUACGAUGCGAUCUGUCCAAAACACGAGAAAAUUUAUUAGAGGUUGAAGAGAGCUUGAAAAGUAGCAACGAGUUGGUUGAUUGUUUACAGGCGACGAAUAAAGAUUUGACAGUUCAACUGUCAGCUGCUGAGAAUUCCUGUUCAAUGAAAGAGAAAGAAAUCUGCAGACUGGUGACUCAAAUCGUUGAGCUGGAAUGUAAGAAUAAGCGAAGUAGUGAAAAGAUCGGUGAACUUGAAUGUUUUGUUGAGUCAGCGACAGGUGUGCAAAAGGAUCUGGAACAUCAGUGUGGAGUGUUUCGGAAGCAGGUAAGUGAAAUGGAAGCUGGCUGGUUGUCUACUCGUCAACAGCUGACUGAGACGAGAGAGCAACUGAUUAAAACGGAGGAAUUGUUACAUAUGCAUAGAUUGCGUCUUUUACGUGCAGAGUUUGAGAAGAAUGAAUUGCGUACACGUUUAGAAUUGAUUGGGAGGAAAAGUGAAGUUGGUCGUCGAAGCAUCCGAUCAAACUCGGAUGUUGGCAGCGGUUUAUCAAGAGUAUGCUGUCGUGGAGGUGUCGAAGCGAAACCGAAUCAGGACUCGGAAUCGGUAUGUGAAAGUUUGCUGAACCUGGUUGACAAGGAUGUUGUAUUAAAGGAAGGCGAGGAAAGAAGUGUAGUGGGUGACGAAAUGUCUACAACUAAUAAAGCCAUUAAGAAAAGAACUUGUGACGUUUCUGUUCAAAUCUGUGAUCCACAUUCACAUUCACAUGAAAUGUGUUCAUCAAACGAAUGGCCUUCCUUCGUAAAGACGAUGGGUGCCGUUAAUCGAGAAACAUUGGGAAACAGUACGAGCUAUAUAAUGUCACGUUCUGGGGACCAUCAUUUUCGUUCAAUUCCUCCUCCUGAUGGAGAAGAGGAGAAACAGGUGAAAAUAAUCGUUCAUGAAAGAGCCGGAGAUCAUCAAUAUCAGGCGGAUCCGAACUCUGGAAGUACAGAUAAUGUUGAAGGUACGGAAUUAUUCGAGUUGAAUUCUGCACGCAGAUCAGUCGGAGAGGUGAUAAGACGACAGGCAGACUCAGAAACUAUCUGUUCACAAACCGCUUCUUCACUCGAAUUACCGUGUAUACCAGAAACCCCGGAAUAUCUGUUGAAUUCAGUCACUCUCUCCCGCACUCGCAGUGCUCAUGAGUUAGCCACAGUUCCCCUCAAAAUAAGAUCUGGGAAGAAUUCAUCUCUUGCUCAUUCCGCGACCACUUUCUUCUUGUCACGUAAUCCUGUCCCAAUGGUUGACAAGAGGGCUGACCACAGACAUAAAACCUCCGCGGCUAAACGAUUACAUAUGCGUUUGAAACAUGCUGUGUCUCAUGAUUCAGACAUGAAGGUUGCUCGCUUCGUAGAAGCCUAUCCAGCAGUAAAAGAUACUUCAAGGGUCGCAGUUUUGAGCGGUGAGAAAUCUGAGAAGUCUGUAUGGCGCAAAGUAUGGACAAGGAAGAAAAAGUGA